AUGGGUGGUGGACACAGCGCAGAGGCGCAGCAGCUCCAUUCAUUUCAGAGAUGGGAAGAAAUGACAGUAUCCAAGGGAGAUGAAGAGAUGACUCUUCCCUCAAGUCCAUUAAUUUCCGUUGAAGAGAUGCAGAGAUGGGCAAAGGCCACUUGCCAAAUCAUUUUGGGUCCUGGUUCUUGGGGCACAGGGUUCUUUGUAGUUUUUCGAAUCCAUGAGAAUCAAAUCUUGCACGGUUUAAUGACAAACAAUCAUGUCUUAGAUGAGAGCAGGCUUGAAGAUGAGCAGAACGUUCAACUUCGUCUUCACAACGAUGAGACGAUCACUGUGCAGUUGAGGGGAGUUGGAAUCCGAUUCACCUGCCCUUUGCUUGAUGUCACUUUUAUUGAGCUGAAGGAGGCUGAUGUCCAAACAAUGGUUCAUCAUGGCGUAAAAUUUCUCGAGGUGUGUAGUUCUUACCAGUGUACCCGUCCGGGAACAGCAAUAGCCGUCAUGCAAUACCCCGAAAACCACUCCGCGCUGACCUUCGCGCAAGGUAAUGUGCAUUCGCUUUGGGGAACUUGUAUCUAUCACAAGGUUUCCACGAAUUAUGGUUCUUCUGGUUCGGGGAUUGUGUCCGUGCACAGUGGAGAGGUAGUGGCGAUACAUCGUGCGAGAAACUCCGACAUGGAAAUGAAUGUAGGUGUUAGAGCUCCUGUUGCCAUCCAGGCAAUUGACAAAGUUAUCAACGUCAACAUUGCACAUCACAAGCCAGCUAAAGAUCUCAACCAUCGCGAAUUACAGGAACUUAAAAUGCUUGGCCUCCACCCAACAAAGAACAAGUUUUUGUUUAUCAGUCCGUCAAGUCUAUUUGUCACACCUUUGUGGUUUUAUCGCACCAACCAUGCCUGGUACUGGACCCCCGCCCGCCCAGACUCCUAUGAAAUAGAGCAAGUGAGAAGGUGCAACUGGCUUGAUAUUGGUGUUGGCAAGAGCAAAAGUGUAAUAGGUGGCUACUGGAACGGACAAACGCCAGCUUCAAGAAAUAUAGUGCUAAUAGAUAAACUUGCAGCUACCGGUUUUAAAUAUCUCUUGUCAAUAUCUUAA